UGUGUGGAGAGCGGUGUGGCGCUUGUAGAGGGAGGCGGAGGGAGUGCUUUACCGCAGUAUCACUACAUUUCUGCACCACUCAUCAAAACUCUGCGGCAUGCAGACAAGAGCUGGGGGGGAGGGCAGUCACUAGGUCUGUUCUGAGUGUGAAACUGCUACCUCUUCUGUUGGCCUACCAGUCCUUCAUAUAAUCUAGGCUACAGCAGUGCUUUUACUUUAUUUAUUUUCAUGCGGGCUCGUUGAGUGUUUAAGUCGACUUCUUUAAUGCCGGUCUUCUUCCUGUAGGAGCAGUGAUACGGCAGGGCUCUCUCUCUCUCCUUCUCUCUCCAUCCCUCUUGUUCUCUGCUGUCAGGGCAAAGUGCUUCAGCCCGGCGCUCAGUGUCAUCAGGCCGCUUUUAGUUGAGCUUUGGAGCAGUUCGUUAGAAAAUGGCAAAGGAUGGAGAAAAAAGCGAUUGGAAGGAGUUUCUAUGGAACCCGAGGACGAGGGAGUUUCUGGGCAGAACGGCGAGCAGCUGGGGCCUUAUUUUUCUCUUCUAUUUAAUUUUCUACACCUGCCUCGCUGGCAUGUUUGCUCUCACCAUGUAUGUCAUGCUGCAGACCCUGGACGAACACAGACCAACCUGGCAAGACAGGCUCUCCACACCAGGCUUGGUGAUUAGACCUCGGGCAGAUGACACCUUUGAAAUAGUCUAUACUAAAGAGGACACUGAGAGCUGGGACCUGUAUGCCCAGACAUUGGACAAGUUCCUUCAACCCUACAAUGAUUCCCUCCAAGCCCAGAAAAAUCACGAGUGCGCCCCAGACAAGUACUUCAUCCAGGAGGACAGCGGUGAGGUGAAGAACAACCCGAAACGAUCAUGUCAGUUCAACCGCACAGUCCUCCAGAGCUGCUCUGGAAUCGAUGACCGUUACUAUGGAUACAGAGAAGGCCAGCCAUGCAUCAUCAUCAAGCUGAAUCGGGUGAUUGGUUUGCUGCCAGGAAAGGAUAACCAGGCUCCGUAUGUCACCUGUGCUGCAAAGAAAUACAGAGUUGGCAAAGAUCAAUGGAAAGAUGACGCUGAUAAAAUUGGAGAGUUGAUUUACUUUCCUCCAAAUGGCACAAUCAACUCUAUGUACUUCCCUUACUACGGCAAGAAAGCGCAGGUGAACUACUCUCAGCCCUUGGUUGCAGUCAAGUUCCUCAACAUUACUCACAAUGAAGACGUGAACAUUGAGUGCAAGAUCAACGCCGAAAACAUUCCCGUUGGUGGUGAAAGGGACAAGUUUGCUGGGCGAGUGUCUUUCAAGCUGAGGAUCAACAGUAAAAACUAGGUUUACUCCCCCUCCUCCAACCCCACCCUAACCCUAACCCCCAACCCCACCAGCCUCAUCCCCCAAAACAUACUGUCUUCAUUCUCAGCAACACUGCACAUGCACAGAAAACAAAAAUCACAGUAUUCACACCCUUUGUAGGAUUUGUUUACACCCCCAACCCUUUCCAACCUCACCCCCCACCGUCCACCCCACACCUCUCCACAGAUUUUUGUGGGAAAUUCUUUGUCAGGUCGCGUGGCGAGACCAAGGCGAGAACCAAAAGGGUGCUAAUCCUGUCAUUAUUUCUGUGAGCAUUCACACACAGGUUAUUUUCCAUCAGUUAGUUUGAGGUGAUGUCUAUUUAUACUGCAUGACAAACUAGGGGGCUAUAAAGGACGUGGACGUGUGUUCGCAGAGUUUGCAAGGAUCAGCAACUUUACCACUGUACGGCUGCUCCCCACCCCCCGCCGACCCGCUGCCUCCUCAUAGAGUAUCCCUCUAGAUAUGAAGAUCCACAAAUUACAAUACCGAGCGUGUAUAUCUACAGUAUUUAUACAGCAUAAUAAUAGUAAUCUUACAUCAGUGCGUCUAUUUCGUUGCACUUUAAAAGAAUAUUCCAACAAACAGGAUUGAUGCAGAGAUGAUGCCAUUUGCAUGUGCGUAUUGUCUUAGUAUGCUACAAAGGAAGGAGGCUCCUGUGUCUCGGCUGCUUACCAUCUGUAAUAAGUUCAGCGACUGACCACCAGGAGGGACCACACCGUAAUCUUUAAACUUCACGCGCAGUGUGGGUUUUUUUUUCAAAAUGUGAUACAGACCCCCCCCC